AUGCAGCAGAUGCUUCUCCAACACCUUGUGACAAUAACUUUCUUGUGCGCAGCGAAUGGGAUAAACGCCAAGAAAGGUAAAGUAAGGCAUUUUGGGGGCUGUGUUUUGGGCCCAUUUGCAAAAUCGUGCUUCUUUUUUAAAUGGACUGCCUUUGCUUUGCUUCCCAUGAUCAUGUAGGGUGCUAACUCUAGAACAUCAGUUGUCAUGGUGCACUUGCAAUGUGCUGUGUACUGAUGGUGCUUCUUUUACAAAUCUUUCAGUAAUCUGCUCUCUGUAUACACUGCAUAUUUUUUUUAAGCUAGGGCUUCCUUGUAUCCAUGCCUCAAUCAGAUGCAUACAUGGAUCUCUUGUAUGUAGGAUGCCCAUAACUCAUGUAAUGGAUGGAGCGGGUCCAAGUGGGCAAAGGAAGUGUGGGGUCAAGCUUCCUCCACUGGAAUUAACAUAGAACUGUAUACAUCUCUGAACUCUUGCAUCCACAAGUAUUUUCUGGAUCAGGUUGACAGGGUGGAAGCUUCUAGUCACCCAGCACCCCUACUGAGAAGAAUGGGUCUGCUGCAGCAGUGUAUGUGCUUUGAGAAGAACAACAGAGAGCAAAGAUUUGUUGAUUUCAAUAGAGCUGUAGAUAUGGAGAUGUUUUUGUGUGCUUAGAACCAUGUUUAUAGCGGUGUGCUAGAACAGUAUUUUUCAUUCUUUCUUUUCAAUUAUCACUGUAGGCAUAUUAACAAGUUUAGGGCAACUAGCAGGCCCAGUUGAGCAGAGUUAAAGUUUUUAGUGAGAAGCUGAAAUUGUGUGAAGAAAGACAGAGUGACUAAUGCUUUCCAAUGGAUUCUAUUUCUAAAUUCUAUGGACCUGCAGCUGCAUUUGAGAAGAAGAUACUUUGUUUUGAAGUGGGCCUUCCUCCUCCUUACCACUUAAUUUCAGAUUUUAAAACAAUGCUAUUGCCAGUUUAGGUAUGCUUCCCCCAAUCUUAACCAAAGUUUUUGUUUUAUUCCAUUCAACUCCAUAGCUCUCUGCAGCUAUGAUCUUCACCACAUGCCCAGUUUUCCUCCAAAAUGAGCUGGGCAACAGAACCUUGCUAGAUGUGCUGGAUAUUCCAGUGAAAGAUAAUAUGCAAUUAUUCAUUCUCUUAGAUUUAUGCAGGAAUGAAAUGUUAUACACUGCGUAUAAUUGUGGUUUAAACCACAGAGCCGCUUGGGCUUGCCGAUCAGAAGGUCGGCGGUUCGAAUCCCCAUGACGGGGUGAGCUCCCGUUGUUCGGUCCCUGCUCCUGCCCACCUCGCAGUUCGAAAGCACAUCAAAGUGCAAGUAGAUAAAUAGGUACUGCUCCGGCAGGAAGGUAACCAGAGUUUCUGUGCGCUGUGUGCCAGAAGCUCCUUAGUCAUGCUGACCACAUGACCUGGAAGCUGUCUGUGGACAAACCCCAGCUCCCUCGGCCUAUAGAGCGAGAUGAGCGCCACAACCCCAGAGUUGUCCACGACUGGACCUAACAGUCAGGGGUACCUUUACCUUUAAACUUUACGUAGUAAAGGAAUGUAUAUGAUGCUGGCUUAUGUUAUCUAUCUACUAGCUGUAUAUCUUGCCCUGUUGUCCAUUAUAGUGUCUGAUAGCAAUGCAUUACACACUGAUUGUAAAAGGUUAGGAAGGACAGAGGAUUUCUUCUUUGCCUAUGGCAGUUAUUUAGAUUUUAUUUGAGUCUGCCUAGUCCCAGAAAUUCCUGAGUGGAUUACAGUUCAUGUAAAGCAUGUAAAAUAACCAACUAAUAUUAGCAAAAUGGGCAAUAAUACUACAUUGCAGUGUGUUGAGUCACUAUCUGGACACACAUCAAACUGUUCACAAGAUUGGUUCAAUAUGUCUUAAUUGACUUCAACAAGCAAAGAUGGUCAAAUGAAUGCUCCUUGGGUAAGCAGGAGAAAGGCAUUAGUGAGAAUGGCAUUGUGCAGAAGACAAAGCCACAUUCAGAAAUAAAUUUUGGAGUUUUUGGGGUGGGGACUUACACCGCUAUAUAUUUCUUCAAGUUGUUGCUUAUAGAUACAGUAGGCUACAGUGGCUGCUUAGUCAAAGUUGACCUUCAAAUGUUUUCUGUAGGCAUCAAAUGUGGUGGUGUCCUCUCAGCGCCGCAUGGCAACGUCUCAAGCCCGAAUUUCCCUGGACUCUACCCGUACGAUACAGAUUGCAUGUGGCUCAUAGUGGUAACAGAAGGGUCCUCUGUUCUUCUCACCUUUCAUCACUUUGACCUGGAAUACCAUGACAACUGUGAAUUUGACUACCUCAUGAUUUACAACGGGAUCUCGGAAGACCAAGGCAAUCUCCUAGGAAAAUUCUGUGGCACAAGUUUUCCUCCACCAUUUACCUCAUCUUGGAACAUCAUGACUGUAAUAUUCCACUCGGAUAACCAUGUGGCCAGCCAAGGAUUCUCUGCAGUUUACCAAAAAGGUUAGAAUGGGAUUCAGUUGCAGCUUCUCUACGAAAGAGAGAAUUGUUUAUUUAUUUGAACUAUUUCUAUGACGUCUUUCUUGCAACCUUCACAAGGUGAUAUACCAAAAAAAAUAUCAACAUUAUAUUAAAACGUAUUUACAGAAAAGAAAUGUCAGUCAACAUUAGGCCAGACCAUGUAUAUGUCAUGCUGUGUUGUACAUCAGGGGACACAGCACCACCUUACAGAUUCAGAGCCUCUUAGGAGGAAUAAGCCUUUACAGGAGUGGAGCUCUAGGGAAAAUUCAGCAGCAAGUACAAUGUCUAAGCCGGCCAAUAGAGCUGAAUCUACUCAUUAAGGCACAAGGCAAAUCUGUGAUUAUAAAGACAGGCGGGGGUCAAUACCACUUUAGGCAAUCAAAACAAACAACGCGAGAGCUAGUGAAGGAAAAGAACAGGUAAAACAGAGGAGAAAAGAGGAGUCAAAAGUGAAGUAGCAAGCAAACAACGAUUGGGAAGUGUAAUAGGCCUAUAAAGAACAAACACCGUGUGCCUUACUGUACAAACAGAGUCAGCAAGCAUGAAGAGCCAGAUAUAGAGGAGAAAACAUGCCUCGUCGUGUAGAGUGGUGAGAGAGUGAAGCCAGGCAAGAAACUGGCUAAUAUACUGAGAGGGUACUUGAGCUCAAAGAGCAAAAAUAAAAGUGCACAGGCUGCAGGGGGAAGGUGGUGGCUGCCAGGGACACAAGUUCUUUUCUGGGACCUACCCCAGAGAACUUCUGAGGUCUGUAGAUGCUCAGGUCUCAAAGUUUCAUUCCGGUGCAGAAGAAAAGAGGUGUGCAGCAUCAGUUCCUGUGACUGGCAGGCAUUACAAAGUCUCUGUGUUGACUAGGCCUGCCUGGUAUACAUAUUUAGGAGCCUAGAUUUCUACCUUGGUGUAGUCAACAGAGCAGUGCAUCAACCUGGCUGUAUCUCCAGUUUCUCCAGCUCAGCUACUGUCCUUGCAGACCUUAAAAGUGCACCUUGCAUGUCUGGAUUUGGUGUGACUGAGUCGGUCUGUAGCUGUGGUGGGUUAGGAUAAGAGGGAGUGACUAGACCAAGGUCAUUCAGCUUCAGGGCUGAGUGGGGAAACUUACUGUGGUUCUCCGCAGACAGAAUCCAAUAUAUUACACUGCAGUGGUAUACCACACUUCCCCAAUCAGUUACUACCAGCUGCAGGUGAGGCUAACUGAAGAAGGGCAGUUUAAAAUUUAGUUUAAAUUUUGCUUAUCAAUUAUCUUUAGAUACAGAUUUAGAAAUCCUUGCUUAGACUUCCUUUAAAAGCUCUUACAUUUCCCUUUUCAUAUUAAACUGUAAUCAAGCUACAGGAUGGGUCCAUAAAAGUGGCAUCAUGGAGCAACUGAGAUUUAUUAUGCUUACUCCUGGUGGUUUCAAGAAAAUAAUGUGCAGAGAUUGCAAGUAGAAAUGUAUUUUCUUCUCAAGGGUUUUUCCUGAACAGUCACAGAAGGAUUCAGGAGUAGUAACAUUGGAUUCUUUCCGUCUCAGGGGCCAGUACUGGCAGGAAAGGGUUUGCAAACUUAAUUCUGCUCUCUCUUUACAGUUUUAUUGCUUCUUGGCGUAAUUGGAAGCAGAAAUUGACCUCACAAUGGGAACUUAGGCUGUGAUUUGCAAACCAGUUCCAACUUGGAAAACCCUCUUGGUUUCAGUAAGGCUACCCCAGAGUAAGCAGUUUCAAAACAACAACCUAUGUCAGCAAGCACAAAGUGCCUGUGGCUUUUGUUAAUAGUGUUUUGUUUUGUAAAAUGAUGGCGAAUGACCACCAUUCAAAGCAAUGUUUCUCAAACUUCAUGAAGUCAUGAGGCCUCCUCCUUUAUAUGUGAGAGAUCUUCUAGGCCUCCCACAACCUGGAAACUUAUUUGAACUGAGAAAACCAAGGGACCACCCACACUUACAUCUUGUCCCAUGCAUUUUAGGUACAAGUCUGCACUUCAAAGCGCUGUGACUAAGCGCUUGUUUUUUUGCCCCAGUGCUUUCCCCACCAAAUCCUGCUCUUUACCACCGAGUCAGAAGAAGCAGCAAUUUGAGACCUGUGCCUAGAAACAUGGUGGAAAAGAAAGCCCCUACACCCCGUGCAUGCUGAUUCUUUUUCAUCUCAUUCUUCUCAUUCAUUUCAUUUCAUUCUUCAAUUCCUACAUACACACAUAUGCAUUGGUUUUAGUCUUCUCUACUAGCUCCAAUGGGGGCUUCCAGACUGUCACUUUUGGAGGCAAAAGGGCAGAUUCAGGUUGGACAAUUACAGUUGAUUGGGGGGAGUCUUGCACAACAAACCCGCUUCCCCUAAAGAUCAGAAUUUUUUCUGUAAGGAAAGUGAGGGAAAAUGCACUGGAAAGUGUUGGUUGCAUACACACCAUAUACGGUAUUUAAAACGCACUUAAAGCACAUGACUUUCCCCAAGGAAUCCCGGGAACUUUCAUCGCUUAAGAGUGCUGGGAAUUUUACCUCUGUGAGAGGUAAACUACACUUCCUAAGAUGCUUUCAGGAAAGUCAUGUGAUGUAAAAGCAACUUGAAUUGUAACCUCUCUCUCAUUUUAAUAUGUUAUGCUUUCUUGCUUCCAGAUGUUUGUGGGGGGGUGCUCACCGGCCUCUCGGGAUCAAUAACAAGCCCUGAUUACCCAGAGAAUUACCCCAACAAUGCGGAAUGCCAUUGGGUCAUCCAGGCAACUUCAAAUUCUGUCAUCAAACUGAUUUUUGUGGACUUCCAGAUGGAAAACAGUGAGCAGUGCAAUUUUGAUUAUGUGGCCAUCUUUGAUGGGCCAACUAUGGGGGAUACACUCCUUGGUCAUUUUUGUGGGCAUGUGAAGCCUCCGGACAUCUCUUCUGCACAGGAACUGCUGGUUGUGUUCAAAUCAGACUUUAACAUUGCAGGCAGAGGCUUCAAAGCAUAUUUCUUUUCAGGUAUGGAAGACAAUUCUACCUUUACCUUAUGCCAAUAUCAAGUGAGCAGAGGCAUGGCAAGUUUUGUGGAGUCUCUGUUAGCACAGGAAGUCAUCCUGGGGUCCUUCCAGACAUGGAAAUUUUAGCAGCACCUAAAUAUUGCUGGUUCUACUUUAAGCUGGAAGUGGAAUGCCAACUCUGCUUCUAAACUUCUGGAAUCCAAAUAACAUUGGGUGACCAAGAAGGAAGCCUCACUUAAUUCAGCCCCAAAUGUUUCAGGAUGUGAUUAUCAUUGGGAUCCUGGUAUGGGCAAAAGGGCUAAAUGCUUCCUCUUCCCUCACUCCAGCGCCACUACAAUGCAAAGAGGGGAGAAAAAAAUAUGGAUACAGUAUAGUGACAAUGCUCUUCAGAAAGAGAAAUGUUAAAGUGGCAGAGUUGAUUUCUAGAGAGGAAAGACAGACCAUAGAGAAGGAAAUGGCUAGAGAAAUGCAAGCAGGCCAUAACUGGCUCCAAAACCGACUGAACAGCUGUGUGAUAGGCCAUUUGCACCAUGGGAGAUCCUGCAGCUAUCCCACUGUUUGUUUUAUAGUCAAUUUCUGAGCUCUGGAAGCAAAAUGGUAGCUGAACAGGGAAAAUAUGGGAAGAGUAUGCUUUGGUCCUGACUUUUAUGCAGAUGCAUCUUAAGAGGAGAAUGAACAAGUGCUGCUUUUCUCAGAAAAUGCUUGGUGUGGAAGCAGCCUAGGGAAAAAUGGGAUAUUCCUCAAAAAAACUUAGCUUUUGUAUAAAUUGAGAGAUAGAUCCUGACCUCAGUAAAGCUAACAAACUAGCAUUGCUUAAAACUGAAGUUAGUAUUUCAGCCUUUGCAAAUCUUAAACCUUUUAUGAUAUGUUCCUAAUCAAUAGGAUCCACCCUAUGCUAAGCUUUGGCAACAUUAUAUCAGUUUCUAAUGUUCAUUUUGAAGAUAUGUUUGCUUGUUGAGUAUUUCUUCUGAAUGCAAUCCCACAUCAUGAAAUCUGAGAUUUACCACAUCCUGGAGAACCUUGGUGUUUGACCAGCCUCCAGGAUGUGGCAAAUCUGAGAUCUCACCACACUGAUGCAUAUUCAGAAGAAAUGUUAACCACAGAAAAUGAUUAGUAAAAAUCACAUUGUGGCAACUUCACCACAUUCAAAAGGAGCGUGAGAAUUAAGGCACAGAACUAAUCUACACAUUUUAAAAAGGCCACAACCUGCAGGAGCUAUAAAACAUACAGGAGAGGGUUGCAUGUUUUCUGCCUCACAUUAAACACAAACAUACAAAACUUUAUUUCUAAGGAAAGCUAGCCUGUCAGCGAGAAAAGGUGUGCCUUGGUGUUCUCCCAGAUGCACUACCUUUCUAUGUACAGGGAUUUCCCCAUCCUUAUCUGUAUUAUGAAGUUUUUUAGCCCUAGGACAGCUUUACAAUGUGCAUUUUCCCAGAAGAGCUUGCCAGCUCUACAUCAGGCUAGGGGAUUUUGCUAUAGGGCUUGGACAAAGGUCUCCCAUUGGACACAUGGGCUAGGGAAUAUGCUGUUAGGUUAUUCUAUGUCAGUAGGUAUAUAUCAAACUCACUAAUGCAUACAUUUAUAUGGACACCUUAUCCUGGUGGUCGUAUGCAUUUCUGUGUUCCUUACUUGUUUGUAGGACUGCAUUGCAAAACUUGGAGAAGUGUGAAUUUUGAAGGAUGGCUCCAGUUCGGUUCUUGUAUUGUUUAAAUGUGAACUGAAUCCAAUUUCUCCCCAUCCCUAAUCUAUACAUACACAUCAGCAUAUGCAGAUUUUAUGCAAACCUCUUCUUUUGAUGAUGCAUUUCCUCUUUUGGGUGAUGAGCAAGUGGCUACCCUACAGCCAAGCAGGCGGGGGGGUUAAGAAGUUGAAAUUGCAUUUCCCAUUGGGUUGAGGAAAGGGAUGUGGGAGAGAGAGAGAAGUGUUUAGGAAUGUCUUACACAGCACUACAAGAAAUUAAAGUUCAUUCUUUGGGCUGUCUGAAUUGUAUCACACUCUCUUUGUUCUGUAACCAGGUGCAUGUCAGGAGGUGUACACAGCCGUCAAAGGAAAUUUCUCCAGUCCUCAGUAUCCCAACUAUUACCCCAAUAAUAUCAAGUGUCACUGGGCCAUCCAGCUGCCCCCAGGAUAUCGAAUCAAAGUCUUCUUCCUGGACUUGGAUCUGGAGGGGCGGAACAGCCUGACAGAUGGCUGUGAUUAUGACCAUCUGGCUGCGUUUGAUGGAGGCACCGAGAAGGCGUCUCUGCUGGGGAAGUGGUGUGGGAGAGAAAUGCUGUCUCCUAUUAUAUCCAGUAGAAACAAGCUGCUAUUGGUCCUUCACACAGACAGGAACACAGCCAACCGAGGUUUCUCUGUUGCAUACAUCGGGGGUAUGGCCUACCAUCUGAUCUCUUUCACCCAGAUUUUCUGUUGUGUGGAAUAUUUGCGCGCGGGGGGGGGGGAGUUUAUGAACAAGAGAAUCCGGAACAAGCCUGAAGAUAAUAAUCAUUGUUGAAAUUGAGCAUGACACACAAAUGAUAAGUUGUCAGAAAGUACUUGCAUUUGUGUGUUGGGAUGGGAGAAAAUACCAAAAUUAUUAAUGCAGUGGCAUACAAAUUAUAUAAAAUUUUGAGGGAAAGCUAUGCAAUCAGUGGUUUUCUGUUUUGCGUGCAGUUUCCCAAACUGUGUCAUUAUUAAAUACACAUGGUCAGAAAGUAUUUGGUAGUUCAUACUUCGUUUCAGGAGAAAUAUGGGCAAUUUUUCAACCCGUGCUUUGCUAUUUCUUUACUCUAAUAUUUACUUAUCACAGGUUAUAUUUCUGUGAUGAGCUUUGCAAGAGGCCAGCUGCAUAACAGCUAAAAUUGGAAGUCUUGUUUAAAUCAUCUAGAGUGAAGUCAUCCAAGACGGAUUUUCUGCAGUAUACUUGCUCUGUCUUGUGUCAUAUUGGUUUAUAUUGUGUAGGCUGAAAUCUGGUGGGCUGGUAUUGGUCAACAUCUGGUCCAAUCCUUGGCAGAAUGGGUUGGACAUUUUAUUUUGAAUAUUCUCAGUUGUUUGGUUCUGUUCAUUUUAGUGCUGCAAAGUGCACACUUCUUCACUGUGGGUUCAUACAGUCAUAAUAAACAAAAUGAGAGAAGCUUUAGAAGAACUGAGGUACUAGAUCAGACCAGAGCUCCCUUGACUCUUGGUACCAGCUAAAAUAUACAGGAUAAAGAGGUUGGCUGCAAGGACAAAGAUAAACACCUGUAUGUAUGUAUGUUUAUUAGACCAACACUUCACCUUCUCAAAUGACUUCGGGUGCUUCCAGACAUGGACAAUGUCGUAAGGGCCAACCCGAUACAUGUUGCUGCUGUAAGCAAAAUGGCUGACAAUGCCCCUGCCCCCAUGACACAUCCCUCCACAAAUCCGGGUCCCGAUCCCGCCCUCUCCCUGCUCUGGGUGUCAUGCCUGUGCUGCUGCCAGCCCCGUCACUGCAACUGUACCCUCACCUGCGACUGCGCCCAUGCUGCUGCCACAACACAACAGCGCAGUACAAGCUGCAAAAAUAAUUGGGGAUGCAUAGAUCUUAAAUGGAUGUGUACGGUGCUGAAAGGGAGGGCGCAGGAUCUCGGACAAGAACUCCCAACUGUCAUGAUCAGGGGCUUCAUAUCCUGUGUCACCAGUAGCAUAAGCCCACCACACUGGGUUCUGAUGUGCCAUCUAGACAGUAAUACCAGCCUGUUCAGCACCCAGUCAGCUGACCCCCCAACGACCAAUCCCAGGAUGCCAUGUCCUAUAAAGGUUUUGCCUCAGAGCUUGCUUGUCUUUGGCAGUCUGAAUGGCUUCCCUCAGAAGUGAGCCUAAGCCCCUGCUCCGUUUCUCUGAUUUUUCUCUUGGAUCUUGGGUUUGACUAAAUGUAUGCUUCUGCUUUGGACCUUGACUUCUGCUUGUUUUGGACAGGACACCUGCUUCUGGCUCACAUGGGCUGACAACAAGCUCCAUUGGGUCCCAGAAUCUUAUUGCCUGGAGCCUAACUCUUGCUGAAAUCUGGCAGGAUAAGAUCUGUGACGCCUAAUCAGACAUAAUAAGCAUCACACACACACACACACACACACCUAAAGCUGGGCAGCAAACAGCAAUCUUGCUAUUGACUAAUAGUGUCUCAGGGAUGUGUGAGGGAUGAUUUCUAUCUUAUUUCUGCAUGGGACAUUCCUUCCUGCAUAGUACCAAUGACCAGCCUUGUAUGUUUGCUGAACUGCACAGCAGGAAUUGGUUUCUUUGUCCCAGGUCAGAGCCAGUGGUGUCAAUCUCCUGUGGUGGAUAUUAGGAAAUGAGCAGCAGUUAAGAGAUGCACCUUCUAUUUCACAUUGCUGUUGUUAAGCUGGAAGUAGGGUUUUAAAUUACCAACCGAAUGUAUUUGAGGAUUUAUCAGUGAGCUUUGAAAAAAUGAACUCAGGAGUGAAAAGGUGUGAUGAACCUUCCCAAACACUAAACUCUAUGCUGCCCAGAGUCACAUCUACGAUCACUGUGGUGGUGUCGAUUAUUAUCUAGUUUCAAAUCUGUGCUUUAGCUCAUACUAUUAUUUUCUGCACGAAGAUAAUAUUAUUUUCUGUAUGAAAUACUGUGUACCACUAAAGCAAAUGUUUCAGUUCACUUAAAAUUUUGAGCCUGUGGCCUUUACCACUGGUUAUGUCUUAUUCCCUGAUUCACUUGGUAAAGUGCAACUUCAUACUCAGGUUGGAUCACUAACAAACAUUAGCCGGGUAGCUCUUUGAGGCUCUGCUUUCUGUUAAGCCCUGGCAGGGGCAAACGAAGGGGGGGGGGCAUCCCUGGUGCUAUCACGGACAAAAUUAUCAAUUACUGACCUACCCUCCAUGAGGUGGUUUGGGACCCGGCGCUGGAAGCCUGCAGCCAAAUAUCUGGUCAGGCAAUGCAUAUAUGCCCAUAUAGGACUUUAGAACACAGGACAUAGACUUCCCUUUAGACAGCGUUGUAUCAGGUCCACUGACAUAUCUGGCUAAGACAGUGUGAUUCAUCUGUGGGAAUGCUGCCAGCUAUUUGUUAUUAACCUCCGGUGAUUUCAGGGAAGGUUCUUCCUUUUGUUUCCCCUCUCGCAGUUGUCCUCAUGAAUGUCAGCUGCACACGGACAGAGUUUCAGAUCCAGAUUCCCACACAGUCACUGGCUCAGCUGGAGAGGAAUAAGAUAUAUUUAGGAAUCCCGUCCUGUCCUGCACAAGUGGUCGGCUUGAAUUUUAGGAUACAUGCAAGGUUUGAAACCUGUGGUACAGAACCACAGGUAAGUGAUCGGUGUGGUUUUUUUUUAAAAAGUUAGGCCUGUAUAAAUUAAGGCCAUGUCCAAGUAAAAUAUGUUGGCUGCCUGGGCCUUGUAUUCUGCAUCAGCAGAAGGCACAAUUAUUAUCAUUUAUUGCCUCUGGACCAAUCCUCAGAGCAUCUGCUCCUGGAUUUGUUUCCGUAGCCGAAUUAGUGAAGUUCUCCUGUGUGGAUUACUUGCUGUCCCUUACUGCUGGCUGCUUCCUUUGCUUGUUCAACAUAAAUAACAGGGAACUACAAGGCCAACACACAGUUGUGUCAUUGAAUGGAUAAGAGGAGAAGAAGAAUAAUUACUAUUGGAGGAGUGAAGAUGAGGGAAUGCAGAUGCAGUUAUUAUUUAUCUUGUACAUUUGAUAUGCCACCUUUCUUCCACCAUGGAACUCAAGGAAGUGUACAUGGGGGAUCCCAUGGGAGUCUCCCAUCCUGGGUCUCUCACCCCACCUUCUCUCUGUUUCUGUCUCUCUCGCACACACAUACUCUGACAUUUCUCCACACCACCUCUGAGAUGUUACACACAAACACACAGGGGAAAUGUUACAUCUAUGGGUGUGUAUUUGAAGGAAUGGAAAGAACUAUUUGGGGUAAAGCACAUUCUAACGUUUGUUGUUGGUUCUUCCCUUUCCCCCUUUUUUAUCCUCACCACAACCCUAUGAGGUAGGUCAGGCUGAGAAGCAUCUGUCUAAAAUAAAAGUAUCCUCCAUUAUACUCUGAAGUAAGCGGCCUGUGAAGUGAUGCCUGGAUAAAAGUUUGUGGUGUAAAUGUGGUGUUUUGUUUGAACUGUACCUCAUGUGGCACCCAAGCAUAGGCAGAAAGCUCAUCAUGACUCAGUUUUUGUUCUAAGAAGGUUUUCCAACACUCUGGCUGAUUAGCCUGGUCUAAUGAUUUUUCUGGAAGAAGGUUUCAUGAUAAUCAGAAAGCAUACCGACCACUGUGAAUGGGGAACUCAGAUCUGGGGUUUUUUUUACUAAGCAAAAUCCUUCCAGAUGUUCAGCAUGUGUUAAAUUAUCCUCAGGUUGCACAAAGAAAAACUAAGAGCUAAACCAGAGUAACAUUUAAGGUGGAGUUUCACACAUUUGUUGGGCACUUUUCUUUUAAAAAUGCAAAUAGCAGCCUCUGCUAAGGGGUGUUAAAUAUCAGGAUCAAAGCAGGGAGAAUUUAACUCCUUCCACCCUUCUGCAGACCUUAGAAAAAGAUCUCAUUUUAAGCAUUGGGAGGAAAUUUCCUCUCAGCAGCUAACAAGAGUGAGUGUACUUCAAAUAGGAUUGUGGCAUGCAAGGAAAAGUUUAAAACACCACAGCACCAAUAACACCUUCAAUUACCACUGUGCUGCUUUGGGGUUGUUGUUUUUAAAACCACCGAAAAACUGCUCCUAAGUCCCACAUUUUGUUUUAAUAUAAUUUAGUAUCAUUUUUAUUGAUUUAUCAUAAACGUACGUACAAACUGACACAUAAUCAUACAAACCAUAACAGAACCAUACGCUGAGUAUAUUUUGUAUAUAAAAAAAAAUUACAGAGGUGCAGUACCAUAUAGCCAAGAUUUUAAGAUGAGUCUAUGUAGUGGCACUGUGGUCUAAACCACAGAGCCUAGGGCUUGCCGAUCAGAAGGUCAGCAGUUUGAAUCCCCGCAAUGGGGUGGGCUCCCGUUACUCUGUCCCAGUUCCUGCCAACCUAGCAGUUAAAAAGCACGUCAAAGUGCAAAUAGAUAAAUAAGUACCGCUCUGGUGGGAAGGUGAACGGCGUUUCCAUGUGCUGCUCUGGUUUCACCAGAGGUGGCUUAGUCAUGCUGGCCACAUGACCCAGAAGCUGUCUGCGGACAAACACCGGCUCCCUCGGCCUAUAGAGCGAGAUGAGCACCGCAACCCCAGAGUCGUCCGCAACUGGACCUAACACUCGGGGGUCCCUUUACCCUUUACCUUAUAUAGUCCAACCACAACGAGGAGUCAUGGGAGGAGUACUUAUAUGACUCUCCAUAUUUAUAUAAUUUAAAAAAUGGAGACGGAUCCACUUCAGAACUGUCUGAUUUGGCUUCACCCCAAACUACAUGUCUAAGUCUGACCAGAUAUUCAGAUAAAGCUGUGUUCCAUACAUUAGGAAAACAUACCUCUCUCAUAGGAAUAUUGGAUGAUUUCCAGUAUAGGGCUAUCUGGCUACUGAUAGUAGCACCAGCACUAUAUUUUUAUAAGUUAUAGGUGAUACAUUUUUGAAAGUAACCAUUGCUUUGGGGUGCAGUUAUUGUCUGAGUCCUGGGAAAUUUCAUUUUAGGUCCCUGUCAUCUGUGAAGCUGUUGGUGUGCAGGUGGCAAGGCUCACGUUAAAGACCCUAGAUUAAAUAACUUGUCUAUGGCCACCCAGUGAGCAGAGAAAGAAAGAGGAAACGAGGGGUGCUCAUUCCUCGGUCAAUGGCUUGGCAGUCAAAGGUGCUGAGCAUCCAAACGACAUUGAAAUGAGGCUAUGCGCUGCUGGGGAAUACUAGAUAACUUGUAAAUUAUUCAUAAUAUUUUCAUGUAUUUAUUUUCAACAUAUUUUCAUAACCGUGGGAGCUAAGCCAAGCUUCCUCAUGACAUAGUUUUGACUUGUCAUGAUCAAAGAACUGGUAGUCAUAAGUUCAACUUGUUUCCCUUUAUUGUACCAUUUUGUGAUUCCAUGAGGUGUGUGUAAAAGAAGAGAGGAGAGGCCUUUUGCUUCAUUCAUUCCUCACCUGCCAGUCUAGGUAGGUCAGUCAUACCAGGCCUGAGGUUCUCUGGUCCCUCUGCCUCCAGAUGAGAGUGAUUUCUGUGGAUCCAAGGGGCAUAUAUAUGAGGGGAAAUGAGAGAUCAUCAAGCCUUCCCAGCUCUUCCCUGAACCCCAGAGACUUUACUUUUCUCUGUCAGAUCCAACGUGUACAGCCCUGUGAGGGCAGGAAAUACCCCUUUGAGUCCAGCAGAAAUGCAACCAAGUCCCCAACAGCCAAUUUUAUUAAGUUUAUUUAGAAUAAAAAGACAAGGUAAAAGCAGAAUGGUACAUCAAAAAGAAAACAUUUCAAGUCUAUUUCUCUUAUUGCAGCUACUUAUAAACAUGCUCCUGGCCUCCUCAGAUAGAUGGUCGGCUGAGGGACCUAUUUGGCAACAGUCAUCUUUUAAAGAGUUUCUGGCCCAGGUGGGUCUUGAUUGACAGGUGGCUAUGUCCUGCCAAUCACAAGGCAGUCACUCACAUAGGCAGAAAACACCCAGGGGCUAAAACAGUCAAAGUGGCAAUAAGUUGGAGGUGGGGGCUGUUAAGGUGCCUUUCCUGGACUGUGGGCAUGACUUCUCUGCUGUGACAGAGAACAAGCGAUACGAGGCAAUCUUAAGGUGAUGGGAAGGAGCCGUAGCUCAGUGGCAGAGCAUAUCUGCUGUACAUACAACAGUUCUCAAGUUCCAUCCUCAGCAUCUCUAAGUAGGUCUGGGAAAGAUUCCCUGCCUCAGACCCUGGUGAAUUACUGGCAGUCAGCAUAGACAAUACUGAACCUGGUGGACUAUUGGUUUGAGUCCAAACAAGGCAUCUGCCUAUGACAAGUCACCAUAAAUGAGGCUUUAUGGGGCUAAAUGAGGCCACAGUAUGAAAUAAACCACUUUUAAAAAAUACGUCCAGAACAAGGGUCUAAUAACCAUGUGCAUUUGUUGCUUUAUUUUUGGCAAUGAUGCCACAGCAGGUCAGAUGUCCAGCGGCACGAUGGGAUGAUAAUCCAAUGAGUAAUCCAAUUUUGCUUUCUCUAGUUUCAUGGAGUUUGAGAAGGACUUUUUUUCUGGCAGCAGAUCCGUCUGCUUCCUUUGUGCACUCUUCCCUCUUUGAAAGGGGAAGCUCUACAAGCGUUUUAAUGCAGCUUCUUCUGAUAAAGGCCUACAUUGAUUGACUGAUGUACUGUGGCUGGAAGGAAGGGUAUGGACUACCAGUAGAAUAAAAAAAGGAUUAUUCACCAGCUGUGAGUAGCUCAUAAUCAGGCAAAUCGUAUUGAUUUUCUUCCUGUCUGCUCUGCAUCCAUAGCAUAUGCAAGUCAGAUAGUGGUACCAAAGAUUCCAUCACGGAAAUAUAAAAAUCAGUACACGUGCUGAAUGUCAAAGACAAAAUGCACAUAAUUUCCCUCUGCUCUAUUCAAAGCUUGCUCCAGUUUGACACUAGUACAAACUGUAAUCCAGCUAAUUAUCUCGCUGUGUAAAUAUACUGUGUCUUCCUGACCUAAAACUUUACCUGUAAACCUACCAAGUUAUGUUGCCACCUAUCUUUUCUCUGUAUAGCCCUGCAUAAUGCUGUGAUCCACAAAGCUGAGCACAGUUAACUGUCCAGGGGUGGUGGCCCAACAGGGGCCUCUCAAUAAGCAUCUGAUUUUGCCUGGCACUGCAGAAACCCAAAAAGAUAUUGAGCAUAUGGCAACCGCAAUAUGUUGCUUGAGAGCUGUGUUCAGCUUGGUUGUUGUGGAGUUGGUCAGGCCCACCUGGAUUCUGUUGCCUUGCAUGGCAUUAUGCAUCUUGUUUUAGCUAGAAAACAAAGAGGAUUAACAAUAAAAUUAUUUAGAUAUAUAUAAAUUUAUUUAUUUGGUUUUUCAGAUUAAACUUUUACUGUCACAUAUCAAACAUACAACAUAAAAACAAUAUUGCAAGGAAUCUCCUGGACUUCCCUCCUCCCCUUUGUGGGUCUUAUUGUUAAUCAUUUCCUCCUGCAUCUUUUAUGAUAAUCCAAAUCUUUUACAUCUCCACUGUGUCCAAAACUCACCAUUAAGCUACAAGUGAUAUCCCAAACCUACUAACAAUUUUAACUGUUUACAAUGGUUUUUAAGGUUAUAAUUUUCCUCCCAUUCCUUAUUAAAAUUUUGGUCUUCCUGAUUUCUGAUUCUUUCGGUCAUUUUAGCCAUUUUGGCAUAAUCCAUCAACUUGAUCUGCCCUUCUUCUCUGGUAGGUAAAGUCCCUACCGGAUUAAAAAUAAAUUAGUACCUCACAAAGUAAACCUUAGACAGCCUUACUUCUUUAGAAGAUUUAUUACUAAUGUAGAAAAGGAAGGUGUUCACUGGCUGCACGGUGUUAAAAUAAAACACUUUUCUUUUGCUUGUGUUUCUUCUUUUAUAGAAAAGAAACAACACCUCUGUGAUUGUCAGCAUCCUGUAUAUUGACUUUUCAGAUGGAAAUCAGGAGGACAUUCACCAAUAUGAAGUGCAGUGCGAACCCAAAAGGAAAGAGGCCUCUGUGAAUCUUAUCUCUGGCUCUGAUCCCUACAGACUGAACCAGUAUGCAGAGAACCUGGUGGAGUCCCAACAGCAGGAUAUGGAGGCAGCAGAAGUCUACGAGAGCAAGGGCCAGGACACCAGUGACAUUGUCUUCAUCAGCAUCUGUAUUCUUGCUGGGGUUCUCAUGAUCAUUGCUAUUGUCGGGUUAGUCUUGCUAUAG